GCUCCUCAUAAUUUACUCAUCCUUCUUAAUUCCCAAAAGACCACUCUUCCUUUCUAUAAUUUUCUAGGGUUUAGCAAUGGCUGCCGAGGUUGAGUACAGGUGCUUCGUUGGCGGCCUCGCUUGGGCCACCACUGACCAAGUCCUCCAAGAGGCUUUUAGCCAGUACGGUGAAAUCAUCGAUUCGAAGAUUAUAAAUGACCGUGAAACCGGAAGAUCUCGUGGUUUUGGAUUUGUGACCUUUGGCAAUGAGAAGGCAAUGAGAGAUGCUAUUGAUGGAAUGAACGGCCAGGACCUCGAUGGCCGUAACAUCACCGUUAACGAAGCUCAAUCCCGCGGAAGUGGCGGAGGCGGUGGCUACAACCGCAACAGCGGUGGCGGAGGUUAUGGAGGAGGUGGACGCCGUGAAGGCGGCGGCGGUUACAGCCGUGGCGGCGGCGGCUACGGAGGUGGUGGAAGCGGAUAUGGUAGUGGUGGCGGCGGCGGUUAUGGCGGCGGCCGUGACCGUGGUUAUGGUGACGGUGGAUCUAGGUACUCUUCAAGGGGUGAAUCCGAAGGUGGUAGCUGGAGGAGUUAGGUUUAUUUGGUUGCUGGUCGGUUAUGAUAUUAAGACUUUAGUUUCUAGUCAAGCUUGUUUGGUUCCCGGUUCUCUCGUUAUGGUUAUGAUGUUAUCGUUGUUGCUUUUUUGACCUUUACCGAUGGUUACAUUGGUCUUUUGCUGAAAAAAUUGGAAGUAAUGAAAUGAAGUGUAGUUUCUUCGUUCGCAAA